AUGGCCGGUUUGGAUUCCCAGAAAUCAGCCUCGAAUCUCUCGACUCCCAACGAUAAAGAAGGCGAAUAUCACGGACCCGACAUUGAAAAGCAGCCCACGAAAGACGAAACCUAUGAAACAAGGGAGGCAGCGAGGAGAUACCCAGAAACUGAUCUAAGCCGAGGCGUGAUCGGGUGGGAUAGCCAAGAGGAUCCCCAAAAUCCUCAGAAUUUUGCCGCAAGCAAAAAAUGGGCACUGCUCGGUUUGAUCAGCGCUUUCACAUUCAUUUCACCACUUGCCUCGAGUAUGUUCUCUCCUGCGUUGGUGUAUAUGGCUGCAGAGUUUCAUGAGACAAAUGAGACAAUUCUUUCCUUCACCGUCAGCAUCUUUCUGGUGGGAUAUACGUUUGGUCCACUUUUACUAGCCCCCUUGAGCGAGAUCUACGGUCGCCGCGUAAUUCUUAGCGGUGCCAACUGGUUCUUCGUCGUUUGGCAGAUUGGUUGCGCCCUAUCUAAGAAUAUCGAAACCCUUAUCGUAUGUCGGCUGUUUGCAGGAAUCGGAGGAUCUGCCUGCAUCACUCUCGGUGCUGGUGUUGUGGCGGACCUAUUCCCAACAGAAUUGCGAGGAAGGGCCACCUCCAUCUGGAGUUUAGGACCAUUGAUUGGCCCAGUGGCGGGUCCAAUUGCUGGAGGCUUCCUAGGUGAGGAAGUUAGCUGGCAAUGGGUUUUCUGGGUUCUGCUGAUAGCAAGCGGAGCUAUGCAGCUUGCUAUCGAGGUUCUCAACCAAGAAACAUACGCUCCAGUCUUGAUUAGGUGGAAGACAGCCAAGCUGGCAAAGGAGCUUGGUCGCACAGACUUGCAGAGUGCGUAUGAUGUUGGCCGCGAAUCCCUCUCAAAGGCCCAGGUCUUGAAGCGUAGUCUUGUUCGACCAGCCUUGUUAUUAUUUAAGUCGCCGAUUGUGUUGUUACUUUCGACUUAUAUGGCUCUUGUCUAUGGUCUGCUAUACCUCUUCUUCACAACGAUCUCGGAUGUGUUCACGAGUACAUACGGCUUUACGGUCGGCCUAUCUGGCCUCGCAUACCUGGGUAUUGGAAUUGGCUUCUUUGUUGGUCUAGUGAUUAUCGCUUUGACAAAUGAUCGUAUUGUCCAGAAACUCACUGCUCAGAAUGGCGGCAAGUUUGAGCCAGAAAUGCGCCUUCCAACCAUGAUAAUCUUUGCCUGCAUUUUGCCAAUCAGCUUUUUCUGGUACGGAUGGACUGCGGAAAAACAUGUUUUCUGGAUCGUCCCUAUCAUUGGCAUGUUUCCCUUCGGUGUUGGCAUGAUGGGCGUGUUCAUGCCUAUUCAGACAUACAUCAUUGACUGUUACCCGGCUUACGCAGCAUCGGCCAAUGCAACUCUGACGGCAACCCGUUCGCUUGUUGGUGCAUUUCUUCCUCUCGCUGGCCCAGCUAUGUUUCAGGCUCUCGGGCUCGGCUGGGGGAACUCGCUGCUGGGAUUUCUGGCACUUGCCUUUGUUCCAAUUCCGAUAAUUUUCACUAAGUUUGGCAAGCAAAUCCGAGAGAGGUGGCCUGCCAACCUUGAGACGAAAAAGGCUAAGUGA